AUGUACAACAAUCAACUUAAUGGUUCUAUUCCUUCAUCAUUGGGUGAUUUAACAUAUUUGAGUGUCCUUUAUUUGUACAAAAAUCAACUCUCUGGUCCCAUUCCCAUUGAACUUGGGAAUUUGAAGUCUCUCACUGAUCUUGAGGUGCCCGACAAUCAACUUAGUGGUUCUAUUCCUUCAUCAUUGGGUGAUUUAACAUCUCUGAAUGUCCUUUAUUUGCAAAAUAAUCAACUCACUGGUCCAAUUCCAGUUGAACUUGGGAAUUUGAAGUCUCUCACUUUUCUUGUGGUAUACAACAAUCAACUUAAUGGUUCUAUUCCUUCAUCAUUGGGUGAUUUGACAUCUUUGAAUGUCCUUUCUUUGUAUAAGAAUCAACUCUCUGGUCCCAUUCCAAUUGAACUUGGGAAUUUGAAAUCUCUCACUCAGCUCCCGUUAAAUGACAAUCAGCUUAGUGGUUCUAUUCCUUCAUCAUUGGGUGAUUUGACAUCUCUGGAUAUCCUUCUUUUGCAAAAUAAUCAACUCUCCGGUCACAUUCCUAUUGAACUUGGGAAUUUGAAAUCUCUUACUUAUCUUGUGAUCAACAAUAAUCAACUUAGUGGUUCUAUUCCUUCAUCGUUGAGUAAUUUGACAUCUUUGAAUGUCCUUUAUUUGUACAAAAAUCAACUCUCUGGUCCCAUUCCAACUGAAUUUGGGAAUUUGAAAUCUCUCACUGAUCUUGGGUUGAGCAGUAAUCAACUUAGUGGUCCCAUUCCCAUUGAACUUACUUAUUUGAAGUCUCUCACUAAUCUUGAGGUGGGUUUGAAUCAACUUAAUGGUUCUAUUCCUUCAUCACUAGCUGUGGAAAAGUUGCCUCCAAAAUUAGCAAGUGGCUAA